GAUCUCGGACAUCAAGGCCCGGGUCGCGCGCAUCACCGGAUCGCCGGCAUCGGAGCAGAAGUUGAUCUUCGAAGGGGCGGUGAUGCAGGACGGCGACGAGCUGUCCACGUGCCUGCCCGCGGCUGCGCCCUCGCCUGGGAACGACGAGGCGGCGGCCCUGUCCAUGCACGUCGUGCUGGCGAGGUCGGGCAUCGCGGGGCACCUGGAGCGCCUGGCCGGCGCGAGCGUGGGCGACGCCGCGCAGGACGGGGUGCCUGGUGGACGUGGUGGACUCCGUGAUGCGGUUCGAGUCCGAGCUCUCGCAGCUCACGAG